AUGAUUAACCUUCGUAAUUAUGUUAAACUCAACAAUACCGCACACGAGCCUUUGCAUUUGAGCGGAGAUGUUUUCACACCCCUUGGUCAAGGCAGAGGUUUGCUUGGUACCCGAAUCGAUUUGACAUCUCCCUCCAGACUGGUUCGCGCCGCUACGCUGACUCACUUUGCUGAUCCGGUUAAGACGAGGGACGAGGCCGUAAACUUGGCUAUCCAUAUCCUGAAUACUGUAGAUGUUCCCCAUGGAGUGACCAGCGAAGACUAUACCAACUGGGUCGUCGCCAAGGACCUUACCCAUAAGGCGUUGUACUAUCGUACCUACAAUGAUCUGACUGUCCGCGUGAUAUACCUUGACAAGGUACAGCCACAGGGUAAAAAGCUCAAGCUCUGGCUGUCGACACCGGUCAGGGGCUUUAAGGAUACCACCGAUGAGUUGAAAACUGUUAAUGGAGGGCACACGGAACUCUAA